AUUACAAACCGACUAAAGCAGCCUAAACCCAUAACCCAGAGACUCAGAAAUAUUCCCGACGCCACCUGCAAGCUCUUUCUCUCUCAACAGACCCAGAAAAAUAACCCUAGCUCGCUCAAACUAUUCAUCAGCUACUCCUCUUCAAGCGGCCAUUCUCAUCUCUCACGCUGCCUGUGCUUCUGGUCUCUGUCACCUCAUUCCCAGCUUCUUCGACUUACUUACCGUUCUCUCGCACUUGGCACUCCAACUUCUCGCUCAGGUCCGUCGGAUUCUCUCGCCGUCUUCUCUUUCUCUCCUGCCUGAUUCAUCAUCAAGCUUAGUGUAGUUGGCUUUUGGCUUGUUUUCCCGAAUGCGGCAAUUUGAUUUUGCGGCUGGAUUCAGCUCAAGAGCUUUAGGAUGAGAGCUUAAGCCAAUUGUCUUCUUAGAGUUCGAUUAGAGCGCGUGAAUCUCGAGUGUGGUCUAGUCAUGGCUAUCUUUCAGCUGCUUUCGGUCACUGAGAGAAUUCGAUUCAGCUCGUUCUGCUUGGGGGUUCUCGAUGGUUUUAGGUUGGACAAGGGACUUAGCUGGGGAUGGAUUAGGGAAUCAUUACUAGUGUUUUGCCGGUUAAUUGGAUGCAUCGCUAUAGCUCCUUUGUUGCCUUCAAUUUGCUGUCUUCUAGUGCCUAUAUGCAAUAUGAAUUGGAUAGGAAUCGUCAACAUGCUUUGUUUAUCAGCAAAAUUUGGGCUUUGCUUGACACUCAGUCCUUUGUUCCUGCGGGAUCUUAUUGUUUCAGAGGAAAACUUAGGGACGUAUAAAAUGUCGCGGAAAGGCUUAAUGGAGCAGGACCUGAGUAAGCUGGAUGUAACUACGUUACAUCCGCUCUCUCCGGAAGUGAUAUCCCGCCAGGCUACAAUUAACAUAGGUACUAUUGGUCAUGUGGCACACGGCAAGUCCACUGUUGUGAAAGCAAUCUCUGGUGUUCAGACUGUUCGAUUUAAAAAUGAGUUGGAACGAAAUAUUACUAUUAAGCUUGGGUAUGCAAAUGCAAAGAUAUACAAAUGUGAGGAUGACCGAUGCCCUAGGCCUAUGUGCUACAAGGCCUACGGAAGUGGUAAGGAAGAUAAUCCUUCGUGUGAUGUUCCUGGUUUUGAGAAUGCUAGGAUGAAAUUGCUUAGACAUGUCUCCUUCGUAGAUUGUCCGGGCCAUGAUAUUCUCAUGGCAACAAUGCUUAAUGGAGCAGCUAUUAUGGAUGGAGCAUUGCUUCUGAUAGCUGCAAAUGAAAGCUGCCCUCAACCACAAACGUCUGAGCAUCUUGCUGCUGUUGAAAUCAUGCGUCUUAAGCAUAUUAUUAUUCUCCAGAAUAAAGUUGAUCUUGUCCAGGAAAAUGUUGCCAUCAACCAGCAUGAAGCUAUUCAGAACUUUAUCCAGGGAACGGUUGCAGAGGGUGCUCCAGUUGUGCCUAUCUCAGCACAGUUGAAGUACAACAUUGAUGUGGUCUGCGAGUAUAUUGUAAAGAAAAUCCCUGUUCCGAAGAGGGAUUUCACGUUACCACCCAAUAUGAUCGUGAUCCGAUCUUUUGAUGUCAAUAAACCUGGUUUCGAGGUUGAUGAUAUCAAAGGUGGGGUUGCUGGUGGAAGUAUUCUCACAGGAGUUUUGAAGGUGAACCAAUACAUUGAGGUCCGUCCAGGAAUCGUGCUUAAGGACGAGAAUGGCAACAUGAAAUGCACCCCCAUCUACACUCGGAUAGUCAGUUUGUUUGCUGAGCAGAAUGAAUUACAAUUUGCCGUACCUGGAGGUCUCAUCGGUGUUGGUACAACAAUGGACCCCACUUUGACACGUGCUGAUAGGCUGGUGGGACAGGUCCUUGGGGACAUUGGUUCCCUCCCUGAUGUUUUUGUUGAGCUUGAGGUGAAUUUCUUCCUUCUGAGGAGACUGAUUGGAGUAAGGACUAAGGGGUCCGAGAAGCAAGGGAAGGUGUCCAAGCUGGUGAAGGGAGAGAUUCUUAUGCUUAACAUUGGGUCCAUGUCGACAGGCGCUCGGGUGCUUGCUGUGAAGAAUGAUCUCGCGAAGCUGCAGCUGACAUCGCCUGUCUGCACCAGCAAGGGGGAGAAGAUAGCCCUGAGUCGAAGAGUGGAGAAGCACUGGCGCCUGAUCGGAUGGGGCAUGAUUCAGGCUGGAGCGACGCUGGAAGUUCCCCCCAGCCCACUACUUUGAGUGAAAGAGAGAAAGUAAGACCAAGGUAGAGAGCCAGAGAAAAAGCGUUUAAGAAACCGAAACCAAAGUUUUUUUUGCAGAAGAUGUGGAAGGGAAGGGAAUUGCUUGGAACAAUUUUCGUUAGGUGGAGGAGAAAACAUGUUGAUUAAUCUGUUUGGUCUCAUUUUUUGCAAAUCUUAACAGUUCUGGGCACAUGCCAAUUCAAGUAUUCAACUAAUGCUUUAUGCUUUGUGACCAGGUUUUGUGGACGAUCACUAGGUAAUGUGCUUGCCAUGCUUUUUUUCCGUGAGCACUAGAGCUUCAGGAAUAAGGUCGCCGAAGACCAAAAGUUUCAAUUAGGUUUGGCAAUGAGUUCGAGCAGGCUCGAUAUUUAUUAACAGUAGGCGCAGGUAUAACAAGAGAUACUAGAACCUACCCGGUUGCGAUUUGGAUAAAAGUUAGCUGCACCA